AUCCGCUGAUUCUCGGAUGGAUUCGAAAACAUUUAACAUGCGGAUUGUUGCGUUUGCGUAGCGUUCAAAAUUAAUAUUACUGAAAUAUUAUAAUAUAUUAUGAAGAAAUAUUGUGAAACCAGUUAAAAGUUGUUAAGUAGUGCUCAAAAAAUGUUUGUGCUAGCCGAGCUGAAAGAUACCGUGCGUAUUGCUCCGGAAUUAUUCAAUUUGAAACUGCCGGAGGCCAUCAAAGAUGAAGUAAACAGAAAACUGGCCAACAAGGUUCUAUUGAAUGUUGGAUUAUGUAUAACUCUGAAGGACAUCAUCAAAUUAGGCGAUUCGAUAAUUCUACCGGGAGAUGGUGCCUCCCAUACGGAAGUCAAUUUUCGGUAUAUCGUGUUCCGGCCAAUGGUGGGCGAUGUCAUCACUGGCAAGAUUCGAAGCUGCAGUCGGGAGGGUGUCCAUGUGACGUUGGGAUUCUUUGACGAUAUUCUGAUCCCGCCUUCGGCUCUCCAGCAUCCGUCUCGGUUUGAAGAGGCGGAACAAGCCUGGGUUUGGGAAUAUCCGUUGGAGGAUGGCAAGAAGCACGAUCUGUACAUGGACAUAGGCGAGAGUAUCAAGUUUCGAGUGUCCGGAGAGGUAUUCGAAGAGAGCUCUCCGAUCGGCCCCCCGGAUCAGGAGGCACCCAGCACGAGCACAACCACAACCGAGGCCAACAAGACUCCCUACCGAAUCAUGGCGGCGAUUAACGAAUCCGGUUUGGGCUUGUUGUCCUGGUGGGUUACCCAAAGUCAGGAAGAGGAUGGGGACGAAGAACAAGAGGAAGGGGAAGAAGAGGACGAAGAAAUGGAAGAAGAAGAUGAAUGAAGUGAGCUCGAAGCAAUUUGUUCCAGUUUAUCAGGUUUGUAAGAUUAAUUCUUUAUCAUUAGUCCAUAUGAUAAAAAGGUAUUUAUUUGCAUGUUUGUCUUGUACAUUUCACUUUUGAUGACAUUUACUGUGUCUGCUAAAUAAAGA